AUGCCGCCGAAGCAACGCAAUCGUCAGCGCUUUGGACCCAGUCAGGACUAUCUCUUAGUUGUACAGGUGAAUACAGAUUUACCGUUCUGUGCGCCUUAUGGAGGACUAAUGGCUGGCUGGGAAAAGGUUGCCACGACCCUUAACGGCUGCAACGCUUUCAAGAUGCACCACCUCAAAGGACCAAUCGUCAAGAAUCGCUUUGAGCGUCUUGUUAGUCGUCACCGCAGUUGGGUAAAGAAUGGCAGCCAAUUGGAAGAAGCACCGUCAAAAGACGCUGCUUUCCAAACUGUCAUGACUCAGCUGGUGCCGAAACUGGACGCCGCGGAGGCGGAACCGCUGGCCCAGACGUUGGGAAAGCGUGGCCGCCCACGGAAGAUCUGGUCGAAGGAUCGAUCAGACUCUAUAGAGAAUAAAAUGUCACUGGUAGCCUCGCAAGUUGUAAUCGCUCCUUCGCCGUUGGGCCCUAAACCUUCUUCGACUACGUCUCUCCUUGUGGACUCUGAGGACCAGGCAUUGCCCAUUCUGACUAAGACAACCCGUCAACGAUUCACUCCUGGAGAUGACCUUUUGCUUGUAAAAUACGUAAAGGAGUCACUUCCAUUCCAUGCCAAGUUUGGUGCAAUUUCUACGGCAUGGGAAGAUGUGGCAAAUAAAUUGGACAACAGUCCAGAGUUUUCGAAGGACAGCGUAAAAGGCCCGAUUGUGCGCUACCGCUUUGAAAAUUUAGUAUCCAAGUACCGUGAGCGUGUCAAGCGCAACAACGGACGCGUUGUUGGUCCGAAGGGCGCCCCAGCAGGUGAACUUGAAGUGAUUAUGACAGAAUUGGUCACCUUGUUGGAUGGUGGAGACCCUGUCAGCGCUGCUCUGCUUGCACAGAAUGUGGCAAUCGCUACUGGUGCGAUCACUACGGUGAUAGCACGAGAACUACCUCGCACGUCAAUGAGUCAGGAUGAGGAUUCAACCAGCACUACUAGCGAGCCAUCAUCGCCGGCUUCCAGUGGGUCUGAAGGCACCUCUGGUGCCACCCAGAGCUUCAUCACACCUACGCCUAAGUCCGAGCCGACAGUGGUGGCUACAAAUCCAACGACGGUUUCGGCUGUGUUGGAUGCCGCUGACCCGACAAGUAUUGCUGAGCUUAAGGUCUUGCUCCAAGAAAUAGUAGAGCAACAGACUCGGGCCACCGAUCAAAUGCUGUUACUGCAGCGAGAAGAGCGCCGUCUGGAAGCGGAGCGGCGAGAGAGAGAGCUUGAAGUUGAGCGCGAAGAGCGCGAGAAGGACCGUCAGGCAUUGACUGCUACCGUGAUGUCGGCAUUGAAGACGUUUCUGGAACAGAAUGACCGCAAAACGUGA